AUGCUUGAUAAGGUGCUACAGCAUAUCCGCUACGGGUCUAGUGCUGUAAAUCGUUCAGUUUUGAAUAUAAAAUGCACCCGAUUUCUGACUUCAUCAGUUAUCAGAAAGAAGACAAACACAAAGUUGAAAUCCGAAGCAGAGGUCGAUACUGGCCGAACUACAUCACCUUGUGGUGAGCGAGAACCUGUAAUUUCAGAUCGAAAGAAAAGCAUAUUAGUCCCAAAGGUGAGUUCCACGGAUCAUAUUCAACAAAAAGAAGUUCACACAGAGGGACUUUUUGCGGGUCACAAGCCACUCUUCUUGGGAGAUUCUUCUACCAACUCCCUAAGCUCCUCUACCGGACUCCGUGGUCUAUUUGGCACUUUGGCGAAGAUAAAAAAAACAGAAGAUGAUAAUGGCAACGCUGAGGUUGACAUACAGGGUCUCAUUAACGACUUGAGAAACUCAAAUGAACAAGUUCAAUAUGAUGACAUUGGUAGGCCGGCAAAGCCAGUCAUUCCGUGGGAUGCAUCUAUAAGUGGGAUGGUUUAUAACGACGAUCCCUUCAAGCACGUUCCGCGGAAAGUGGUAGAUCGGCUUAGGCCGUUCAAACCAAUUCGCAUUGAGAGGAAGUCGAAGUCAGCGCAAUACAAAGCUCCCGAACUAAUAAGACUUAAAUUCCACAACUCAAAAGUCAACGAUGAGAUGCAGUUCAUUGAUAUCGGCCGUGCAAGAAACAAGAGACCUAUAAAUACUGACAUUAAUGAGGCAGCGAGCCAAUCGAGGCUCCAACAUUCUGCAGUUAUCAACUCUCUUUCACAAUUCAAGUUUGUACGAGGUGACCAACAUGUAUUCAAAGUCGAUGUGGACAAACUAACUAGUUUCUUGGCCAAAGAGUUUUACAAGUCAACGAGGCUUACCAUCGACUCAGAAUUUGGCAAUUCUCACUUACCGCUUUAUAUUUACCUUGAUAAGUCUCUCUCCUCAAGGAGACUUCUUGGGAGGUAUUUGAGGAAGCACAUCAAUGAGCAUAUUAAACCCCUGCUGAAAACCAUACUAUCUUCUUAUGAUUCUGAACAAGCAGCCAAAAAAUUUGAGUUACGUGUUCAGUUGAAAGUAGACUCUGUUGUCAAAAAUCUGACCGAAUAUCUCCCUUCGGUAUUUUUUAGUGGCGACGUGGUAGACUGUGUGACGCACACCAGUCCUGUGCCGAGCUUUGGCAGGAUAUACUGGCUAAAAAACAAUAAGAGACACAGUACCUUUUGGGGGGAAAACAUUAAUAAUGAUUUUGUCUUCAAUCUCAAUGGAGACUACAAGAUAACAAGGAGUGGCUUGAGAUAUAUGAAGUAUCCUAUCACUCUACAAUGUAAGACAUUCCGUGAGGCCUUUACAGAAUGGGAAGAUUACACCUAA